GAUUUUCUCUUACAGGUAUUUGGGUGCUGGGUCUGGAUCCUGGUAGCUGCCACCCAGGUCGCAAACCCCUUGCUGCAAGGAUGGGUGAUGUAUGUGUCGCUGACCUCAUUUCUCAUCUCCCUGGUGUUCCUCUUAUCUUACUUGUUGGGAUUUUACAGAAUACUCGACUCCUGGAGAGUCUUGGACAGCCUGUACCAUGGGACCACGGGCAUCCUGUACAUGAGCGCAGCUGUCUUGCAAGCACAUGCCACCAUUGUUUCUGAAAGUGUGGAUGUGGGCAAAUAUUAUAUAAAUUGUGCAGCCUCGUUCUUUGCCUUCAUCACCACCCUGCUCUACAUCCUCCAUGCCUUCAGCAUCUACUACCACUGAGGAAGCAGGAAACCAGGCUCACGUAUGAAACACCAUUUCAAAACCUGAAUUAUUGGCUCCCUAUAUAUUAUUGGCUCCUGUCAACACUUCCCAUGAGGACAACAAGCAGAUCGGCAAAAAAUAUCCAAGGGACAUACAGACCAUCUGUUCAGACUGAGGGAUGAAAUCAUACUCUGACAUCCCUGUUGGGACUUUUGAAUUCAGCAUGAUGACUAUGAAGAUGCAGCUAUUUCCUUUCGCCUGGGAAAGUAACUAUCUCUUAGAACUGACAACAGAUCUAACUCUUCUAGAAAAUGAAUAUUUGAAGCCCACACAAUGGAGAAUCUGCACAUCCACCACAGCCAGGACUGUUUGGGGGUGCUGCCUCAACUAUGGGCUUCCCCAGAAUAGACCAAUGGACACAUUCAGUCUUCUUUUCUUAAAACCAAAAUGGUGCUGCCCAGGCCUUUAGAUCCAAAGAAGACUCACAGGCUUUGCUCCUCUUCCAUGGCUCUGCCUCUGCUCUGCAGUAGCCAUCUUCCCAACUCCCCAAACCCAGACCUGUUCCAGAUCCCCAGUUCUCCUCCCCCCUUCCCCACACCACCCAUCUCCCACUCCACUUCCCCUUCCCUUUCCUCCUCAACAUUUGAAGUUCAAAGAAAAUUGGUAUAAAAUCAACUUUGAGAGUGACUAUUUUUAAGGAAAACAAGUAUUUGGAUCUUUAAAUCUGUUCUAUACAGUCAGAUGAGGGUACAGGGAGGAGAAGAAGGUAUAAUCUCCUUCUCUGUAAACCAAAACUCAGAAAACCACAGGUCCACAAGUUAAGUAUUUUAGACCUCCCAGAACCCACUACUUUGAUCCUUGGAAAAGACUGAGGAUAAUGGAAAUGGGACCUUCCGUGUAUAGAUUUUCAUGUGGGCUGUCACAGGAAACUGAGCAAGAAACCUGCCCCAGGGCCAUACUUCCCUUUAUCUUUGAGAGAUGCUAGCCUGGUGAAGCCUGGGCCCACCCAGUUAACCUCAUACCGUGCCUGGACCUCAAAGGCAUUUGCACAGGGGGCCAUUCUCAAAGAAAAGCUGUUGUUGUGCACACAGAAGUGUAAAAUGAACUGUUGGGUUCCCAAGUAAAUGGGUUUCAAAAGAAGGCUGUGCUCCAGCUCACUCUCUGUGUUGUGCCUCCCUACCCAGUCAAUGAAAGUAGUCUCCUAGCUAUGCGUGUGCCUGCUGAAGUUUUGAAAUGAAAUAAAUUAUUAUGUGAAAGGGACUUGUCUUAGUCAAUUCUAGGAUUCAGUUUUGUAGCAACAUUUCCCCUUUUCUCAUUAGUGACUUAAUAUUGAUUUACAGAAUUUUAAGAUAUAAUAGGGAUAUAGUUCCACACAGUUCUCCUCACCAGAGUUCUCUGUCCCUAUCCCCUCCAUUGGAAACUGCAGUAGCUCUCUCAAGGAUGGACUUUAUAUCUGUAACUUUCUAUCUAUAUCUAUAUUUUUGUAGCAAUAUUUUGAUGUUCCUGGAGACUGAGGGUAACACUAUCACUAGUUGCUCACAUUCUAACUGCUCUAGUGUCUUGAAAAGUCACCAUCAAUCUCUCACUGUUUUUAUUGGCAGCUGUCUGGUCUGGUCACUGUUCAAUGCUCACUGAGUAGUCACACCCAAAUAAAGAGCAUUUGUCUGGUAAAAAUAUUGAA